AUGAGGUUUCGAGGUGUGUGGUAUCCAGGUGCUCGGGCAGCAGGGCGAGUUGCGGCAGCUUCCAUGAGGUUCUUUCUGCCUUUUCUUGUUCUGAUUGUAGUCUUUCUGCCUGUUCUUGUUGUGAUUGUAGUUUUUCUGCCCAUUCUUGUUCUGGCUGUAGUUUGUUUUUCUGCCUGUACUAGUUCUGAUUGUAAUGUUUCUGCCUGUAAUAGAGACAAAAUGAGUAGUUGGACCAACUUCUUACAAUCUAGUAAUGAGUAUGAGAAAGGUGUGGAGGAUUAUUUAGAUAAAGCGUUUUCUACUCAAGCAAUUGGUGAUCAGAUUACUUGCCCGUGUAAGGUGUGUUAUCACCGCUUUUGGCAUCAUAGAGAGACAAUAUUCAAUCAUUUGAUUGCAAACGGGAUCGAGCCUGGCACUGAAGGGUGGCAUUGUUAUGAAAAGGGUAUGUCAUCGACAUCAAAUACAAAGAGGAAUGUUGAAGAUAAUACACCAGACAUGCACGAUGAUAUUGAACGUUUGAUAUAUGAUGUUCAUAGAGACGUGGCAGAAAGGUAUGAAGGGGUUGGAGAUGAGCCCAAUGAUGAGGCUAAGAAGUUCUAUAAGUUGUGUACUCAUGGGUUAACUAAUGUAGCAACUUCAGAUAUUUUGGAUUUUAUCCGAGAAGCCUUACUAGAUGCAUCCAACGUGCCUAACUCUUUUAAUGAGGCAAAAAAAUUGAUAAAAGAUCUCGGUCUUCAUUAUGACAAGAUUGAUGCAUGUCGUAAUGAUUGUAUGUUGUAUUGGAAGGAGCAUGAAGCUGCGAUGUCUUGCCAUGUUUGUCAUGCUUCAAGGUGGAAAGAAACAAAGACUGAAAACCAAGAUGAUAUUAGCAAUCAGCCAUCUAAGAAAGUGCAUAAUGUCCCUACAAAAGUUCUUUGGAAUUUUCCUCUUAAACCAAGGCUUCAAAGAUUGUACAUGUGUUCAGAAACAGCAGAGCUAUUGAAGUGUCAUGAUGAAGAAAGAGAUAAAGAUGAGUUAUUGAGGCAUCCGGCUGAUGGUGAGGCGUGGAAAGAGUUUGAUCUAAAGUACCCAAAUUUUGCUAAAGAAGCACGUAAUGUUCGUUUGGGGCUUGCAAGUGACGGAUUUAAUCCAUUUCGAACUAUGAGCACACAACAUAGUACAUGGCCUGUUGUUCUAAUUAAUUACAACUUACCACCAUGGUUGUGUAUGAAGCCAGAAUUCUUGAUGUUGUCUCUCCUUAUUCCCGGGCCCACCUCUCCUGGGAAUGACAUUGAUGUCUACCUUCAACCAUUGGUUCAAGAACUUAAAGAUCUGUGGGAGUAUGGGUUGGACACCUAUGACGCGGAGAAGAGACAAACAUUCAAGAUGCAUGCAGCUUUACAGUCAACGACCAGUGACUUUCCAGGUUAUGCUAUGUUAUCUAGUUCGAGCACCAAAGGGAAGUUUAUAUGCCCCUAUUGUCACUACGAGACUGAUCAUCAUCACUUGAGUAAUAGUAACAAAUCUUGCUACUGCGCUCAUCGUCGAUGGUUAGAUGAAAAUCAUCCUUGGCGGCAUGAUAUGGAGUCUUUUAACGGAGAAAAGGAAGAGAGGACAUCUCCAGAUCCUUUAACAGGGACUCAAAUUUCAAGCUUGUUGGAAAAUUGGGAAAACAAGUUUGGAAAGUUACAACCAAAGAAGAAAUAUCCAGAUUGUCCAUGGAGAAAGUCCUCUAUCUUCCACACAUUGCCAUAUUGGAAAGAUUGCGGGUGUCGCCAUCAUUUGGAUGUCAUGCACAUAGAAAAAAACAUAUGUGAUAGUAUGCUGGGAACUUUGUUAGACAUACCUGGAAAGUCAAAAGAUCAUCAUAAGGCUCGAUUAGAUCUGCAAGAAAUGGGUAUAAGGGAAGAACUACAUCCUGUAGAUAUAGAUGACGAGCGUUAUGUUUUGCUGCCCAAAGCAUCAUUCUCAAUGACGGAGGAAGAAAAAAGAAUUUUUUGUAGUGUUCUGAAGAAGGCAAAGUUGCCACAAGGUUGUGCAUCAAAUAUUGCAAGGUGUGUGCAAGUGAAGGAGGGAAAAAUAUUAGGGUACAAGAGUCAUGAUGCUCAUAUAAUAAUGCAACAUUUGCUUCCAGCAGCGAUUAGGAAAACUUUACCAAAGCAUGUUGCGUUACCUCUUAUUAGAUUGAGUGGCUUUUUUAGGGAAAUAUGCAAGAGAGUCAUCAAUCCAAAAGAUUUGGAUCGCCUUCAAGCUGAAAUUGUUGAGACUCUUUGUGAACUUGAAAGAAUAUUUCCACCAUCUUUUUUUGACAUCAUGGUCCACUUGCCGAUUCAUUUUGUUGAUGAAAUAAAGCGUGGUGGACCAGUGUGUGAUUGGUGGAUGUACCCUAUAGAAAGGUACCUUGGAAAGCUGAAAUCGUAUGUUAAAAACCGAUGUCGCCCUGAGGCUUCCAUAGCAGAAGGUUAUUUGGCUGAAGAAUGCUUGAUAUUCUGUUCUAGGUAUUUGAAUGCUGGUGCAAAGAAGCGAUCUAAGUGGUUUAACAAAAGUCAGGAGAAAACUGAUGAAAUUGACGAAGAGUCACCUUUAUUCCCUAAGGCAGGUUAUCCUCUUGGGAGGAAGAAGAAAGGGAAGAAGAAAAGGAAUUCAUACACUCUUGAUUCAAACACAAUGGCUCUAGCACAUCGUUAUGUGUUGUUUAAUUGUCAAGAUGCCCAAGUUGAGAAUUACAUCAAGGAACAUGAAGAGUUUGUAAAAAAGAAGUCUAGAGACAGGCGAAAAAGAAGGUGGAAAGAGGCACAAGAGCAUAGCAAUGAAUUCAUGGUUUGGUUUAGGGAAAAGGUUGAGCUGGAUAAUGUCCCUGAUCAUAUCAAGUGGCUAUCAAUAGGUCCUUCUCGUAUUGCAAGGAGGUACACUGGAUAUUUUUGUAAUGGAUAUAAGUUCUACACAAGAGAUCAUGAUGAAAAGUGUAAAACUCAGAAUAGUGGAGUCUCUUUGACAGCUUUGACUCCAAGCUUCGCGAGUAGCAAGGUUCACAAUUCCGUUCUUGGUAAUGUCACAUAUUAUGGGAUUGUAAAAUCGAUAAUUGAGAUAGACUAUUGGAGUGCAUUUAGUGUUGUGUUGUUCGAGUGUGAUUGGUUCCAUGUGGAAGUAGAUGAUUAUGGACUAACUCGUGUGAACUUCAAGAAAUUUUGUUCUAAAUAUGAUCCUUUUGUCUUGGCAUCACAAGUGCAUCAAGUGUUCUAUACUCAAGACGGCCUUGAAGAAGAUUGGUAUUAUGUGAACCGAAAUUUGCCAAGAGACUUUUUUUAUGCCGAGGGGCAAUCUGAAAACACGUAUAUGAAUGAAGUUCUUGAACCCGCGGAGGAUGUAAUCCCGGCUAAAAAUCAUGACGAACACCGAAAUUGGAACAUAGAAGGUGCUUAUGACAGAGUUGAUGUGCCUGCAAACACUGAAAUGAGGGAUGGUAGUUACGAAGAUAGUUCUGAUAUAGAUGAUACAGAUUGGGAUUGGAUGGAACCAUCAAAGUGA